AUGAGUGAAAAUAUUGAUGAACAUAUUCUCAAAAAAUAUGAGGUCAUCUAACGUAUUGGUAAAGGAGCCUAUGGAAUAGUAUGGAAAGCCAAGGAUCUUAAAACUCUAAAAGUAGUUGCUCUCAAAAAAGUGUUUGAUGCAUUCAAUAAUCCCACUGAUGCUCAGCGCACAUAUAGAGAAGUGACAUUCCUUAAAUAGCUCAAGCACCCUAACAUUGUCUCCAUUAUUGAAACCUACCCUGCUAAUAACAAAAUUGAUCUCUAUAUUGUAUUUGAAUAUAUGGAAACAGAUUUACACAUUGCCAUCAGAGCUAACAUAUUAUAGGCAGAGCACCGCCGCUACAUUACAUAUUAAUUAAUUAAAGCAUUGAAAUACAUACAUUCAGCAGGAAUGAUACAUCGUGAUCUAAAACCUGCCAAUAUUUUGAUCGAUUCAGAAUGCUAAAUAAAAUUGGCAGACUUCGGUCUAGCACGCAUGGUUGGAUCACAAGAUUCUGAUAUCUUAACUGAUUAUGUGGCUACCAGAUGGUUCAGAGCUCCUGAAAUUCUCCUCGGUUCCAAAUCAUACUCCUAUGGUAUCGACCUAUGGUCUGUUGGUUGUCUUAUGGGAGAAAUGAUCCUAGGAAAAGCAUUGUUCUCUGGCAACAGUACCAUCAAUUAACUUGAAAAGAUAGUUGACAUUCUUGGUAGUCCCAAUUAGCAAGAAAUACUUGCCAUGGGUGGACAAUCACAAAUCUUUCAAAACUAAUUUAGACCAUCUAAACAAAAACUUAAUUCAUUACUCGGUUGUCCCAAGGAUGAAUUAGACAUCAUAUCCAAAUUACUCCAGUAUGACCCCACCAAGCGAUUGAGCAUUGAUGAAUGCUUAAAACAUUCUUAUUUUAAAGAAUAUCGCAAUACCAAAGAAGAAAUUACUUAUCAUGGAUCUAUAAUGCUUUAAUUAUAAGAUGAUAAGUAAUAUCCUAUCUCUACAUACAGAGAUGUUCUAUAUAAAAAAAUGGAUUAUUCAAGAAUCAUCACCUUAGUUAAUAAACAAAAGAAGCUUGUUGAAGAGUUAGAACUCAAAAAACAGCAAAAAUGCUUUAAGUAACUGAUUGAAUAAAAAAGUGCAUAAAGUAUCAAAUAAUAUAGAAGUAGUUAAUUUUUGAAAAAUACUUAUUCAAAUUCAAAUUUAUUAGAUAAAAGUCCUUUAAAUAAAUCCUCAUAAUAAUAGCAAUAAAAUACACAAUAGCAAUAAUAAAAUUCUACCUCUAACAUCAAAAACAAACUGAAGUCUAUUUGUCAACAAUCUGAAGCAAGACAAAGAAGUGCCAUAUUUAAAUAAUCUAAUUCUUCAUCCAAAUACAAUAUACUUCAUAAUGUCACUAACACAUCCUUGAGUCCACACUCUGCCAUUAAUUCAAGGUAUCUGCCUAACAGAUUUCAUCAAAAAAACAAUGAUUUUUGA